AUGACUGAUUCCUCCAUACACCUCCUGGACUUCCACUUACUGUCCGGAAGUCUACGCUCUGCGGUGCAGAAGACAAGCAUUGGCCAUGCAGUUCUCUACUUGUCUUUGGCCUACCUAGCCUCCAUCAUCCUUCCUCGCAUCUACAGCGCAUACUUCGGGCCCCUUAGCAAGAUCCCUGGUCCCAAGCUCGCGGCCUUGACCAACGGAUGGAUGCUUUGGCAUCUUUGGCAUUUUGAGAAGUGUGCAGUGAUUCAUGAACAGUUCAAAAAGUAUGGGCCAAUAGUGCGAAUUGGGCCCAACAACGUGGCAUUGAACACCACCGAAGACAUGAAGACCGUGUAUGCUGUGGGAGCAAAGUUUCCCAAGAGCAGCUUUUACGACUCCUGGUCGUUCAAUGGUUCACCCAACGUUUUCAGCAUGAGAGACCAAAAGGCACAUGCGGAUCGACGCAAAGUGAGCUCGAAGAUCAUGAGCCGCAAUGCUCUAGUGACAUAUUUACCCGAGAUCAAUCAACAUCUGAGAGACUUUGUCCGCGUGUGUGGCAAACGCGCUGGUACCACCGUGGACUUUGUGACUCAGUUCCGUUUCUUGGCCCUGGACGUUGUCGGCUCUGCAGCCUUUGGAAAGAGUUUCAACCUUAUGCGAAACGAAACAGAGCAUCCAUUCGUACAUGACCUGGACGCAUGCAUUGCAGCUGUCCCACCUCGAGGCUACUUUCCCACCUGGGUGUGGUGGCUGAUCACCAAGAUCCCUACGAAAGACUGGCAAUUCGCUCUAGGUGGCGAGAAACGUAUUUGCGAAUACUCUGGUGAUAUCGUUGACGAACAGGAGGAACGGAUGAAGAAGAAUGGUGGAGAGAUGGUGAAGGAAGACGCAAACACCCUCGUCGGAAAAAUGAUUAAUUAUCGCGACGAGAACGGAGCCGGCCUUCCAAGAUCAGCCAUCGACGGUGAGAUUGGAAUCAUCUUCUUCGCUGGCACAGAUACCACUUCCAAUACUCUAGCAUUCAUGUCAUACGAACUUGCGAGACAUAAACAGCACCAGGACAAGCUCUACGAAGAGCUCAAGGAGAGGAUGCCGGUCAAGGGCGCAGUUCCAGAUCUUGUUGAUGCUGAAGCAUGGCCAUUCUUGAAUGCCGUUAUCAAGGAAACCCUCCGAUUGUACGCUGUCGCUCCUUCGCAACUUGAGCGGGACGUCCCCAAGGGAGGCACACAUCUCCAUGGGAAAUACAUCCCCGAGGGAACCAUUGUUGGAGUACAGAACUAUUCCAUUCAUCGCAAAGCCGAAGCUUUUCCCGACCCAGAGACCUUCAAGCCAGAACGUUGGUUCAACGAGACCGAAGACAUGAGGCGCCAUUUCAUGCCUUUUGGAUUGGGAUCGAGGAUCUGCUUGGGACAGAACAUCGCCAUGCUCGAAAUGAGACUUACAAUAGCAACGUUGAUUAGGAGCUUUGAGCUCACGUUGCCGGCUGAUCACAAUCCUGCGGAUGUGGCACUAAAAGAUUUCUGGCUUGCAUUCCCUGCAAGUAGGAAGGUUGAAUUAGUAUGUGUUCCUCGUGAAGAGUGA